AUGGCACGGAACGCACACGGGCGCAACCGACAUAACACCACAGCUGAUUUCCUCAUCACCGGCACUUCCAGGCGCAGUCGUACCCAAGCAGCCCAAAUCAGAAAUCAGGCUCGAGAACUCGAAGAGCACCGUGCAUUCCUCGAAGAAGUCUCCAUCGCACAACAACUAGGAAUCGUCGAUGCUAACUAUGCUCAACAAUUUGCGGGACCACCACAUGAAGACGACGAACAAGAACGAUCACAGUUUGAACCGCUUAUUGGUAGUUACGUUGGUGAAGACUUUGAGAAUGACGUGGAGCAACUUCCCUGCGCGGCACAUGCUGCUUACCACCGUGCUCGCCGAUACGCCGAAGGUCGAGAACGAAUGAGCCAGCGAUGGUCCGAAUUGGAGAACAAGUUGCUGCCGCAUUCUUAA